ACGCAACUCUGAAUAGCUCUGAGGGAAUUAAAGAGCAGUUCAACAGAGUCUGACUCCUGCCUGCAAAUAUGAGCGUUGAGAAUUUGAGAAGUGACAUGGAGAAGCUGGAAUGUCACUUCACAUGGGGCUUGAGUGCAGAGGAGGCGGAUCUUAAUUUGCUGGAGGUGAAAUUCUGGGACAUUGUGUCCCUCCCGCAGGACUCUGAGUAUAACCUGAAGGGCAGAACCUAUGAUCACCUUGCUUAUGUGAAACACCUGCAGGGCUUUAAUCAAGAGGCCCUGGGCUGCCUGGCCAAAGCUGAGGAGGAAAACGUGGACAAUGCAAAGCACUGCAUUGUGACGUACGGAAACUUUGCCUGGCUGCACCAUCUCAUGGGUGACGACCCCAAAGCCCAGAUGUACUUGCAGAAGCUGGAGGGGAUCAACAAGAGCAUCCAGACACAUCCCCUGGCAGCCCUUCCUCGGGAGGUUCUCGGGGAGAAAGCCUGGUCCCUCCUGAAGUUCUCCAAAAAUCACUACGAGAAAGCCAAAGAGUGCUUCUAUGAGGCGCUGCAGAAGGAGCCAGACGAUAAGGAAUGGAACACGGGCUAUGCCUUCGCCCUCUUCCGAUGGAACGGUUCGAGGAUCAUGAGAGGAGAGGCCUCCUGGAGUGGAUCAGGGUCAGUGAAACAGCUUGAAAAGGCUCUGGCGCUCGACCCAGACAAUGGCAUGAUCAUGGUUUACCUGGCCCACAUAUUCAACAAUAACGACAGAAAGUUAGAGGCAUGGGCUUACAUGAGGAAAGCUCUGGAUGUGUCACCAAACAACCUCAGCGUAGUUUUAAAGGUUGGAAAGUACAUGAGGAAAGUGAAGUACUAUGAUAUGGCACUGGACGUGCUGAACCGCAUGCUGAAGAUUGCCCCAAAUUCCCCCCGGCUACACCAUGAGAUAGCCAGCAAUUACCGCUGGAGUUCCUUCAGAGUGGGAGGAGAGACUCGCGACCGAGACCUGAUCCUUCGCUCCAUUUCGCACACGGAAGAGGAAGUUCGGCUCAACCCCUCGUACCUUUAUCCCAAGAUGGAGUUAGCGCUGAGGUACGCCGAGGUUCAGAACAUGGAAAAGGCGGAGCGCAUCUUCCAAGAAAUGUUAGCUCGUUCCAACCUCAAGCCCACUGACCAACAGGCUCUGCAUCGCAUGUAUGGAGACUUCCAUAAGAACCACAGGGGGUCUAUGAGAACAGCUGUGACGCACUACAUGAAAGGGAUGGAGCUGCAGAACAUAUCAACAGACUGGAAAAUAUGUCGUAAGCGGCUGCUCAAAAUCCAUGCCACAAGGAGGACAAGGGGCACAAUGUAUUUUGAAAUUGAAGAAUUUCUUUUUUCGUUCCAGCGUAAUAGUUUUUGAAAUUGAAAAGGUAGUUAUCUGUCACUCUCAUUAGAAGGUUCAACUAUCAUUUUGCUUCCCUGAAGGAGUUUGUAUAUUUCAGGACUGUAUAUUUAACAGUCUUGUAGCCAAAGAUCACAGGUUCAAUUCCCAGGUAGGACACUCCCGUUGUACCCUUGUGCAAGGUACACUGCUUCAGUAUAUCCAUUUGAUGUAAUCGAUGCUUAUUGCAUUGAAUAGCUAGGCUUCUGUUGACAAUGUAAGAUGCAUUGUAUGUGCUUGGGGCUCUGUAAUUUUGGGUUGAGUGAAAAUGUGCAGUAGUAAGAAUUAGCCUUGCUAGCCUUAAAGUCAGUAGUGAGUAAUAACUUGAAGAUGUGCUAUAUGUAGAUGUGAAAUUAGUCUGUAUAUUGUUCACAGAAUAACCUACGUUCAAAGGGCGAAUUCUCGUUUCAGCUGAUUUCUUCCUAGCACCCUGACAUCCACCAUUUAUUUUCAAUACUUUGAAAACUUUGAUACCUUCUAAUCAUAU